GAUGGAUAAAGGGGCAGGAGAGAAGGAGGGGCCUAUUGUCAGAGACAUAAGGCGGCAUUACUGCGACUACUGUGGCAUCUGCAGGUCCAAGAAGUCUCUCAUCGCUUCUCACAUUCUCUCACACCACAAGGAGGAGAUGGAAAUGGCUGACGGUGAUGGAGGUGGGGAGGUUGGGGAAGAAAAUUCCAAUACUUGUGAAGAAUGUGGUACCACUUUCAAGAAACCUGCACAUCUCAAGCAGCACCUGCAAAGUCAUUCCCUUGAGGAAUCAACAUUUAUUAAAAAAAUACAAUGGAUAGCGUGAAGCAUUGGAUCCCACACAAAGAACUCCAAAAUGCGAUAAGGUUCAGACUUGAUGGACUAGUACCAGGUGGGAGACCUCCUGUGAAGCUCCAUCAAGCAAACCUGAGUCACGCACUGAGGCCAUACAUUUGUUCAGUGGAUGACUGCCAUUCCAGCUACAGACGAAAGGACCACUUGACCCGCCAUCUCCUUCAGCACCAAGGGAAACUUUUUAAGUGUCCAGUUGAGAACUGCAAUCGUGAAUUUGUCUUCCAAGGUAACAUUAAGAGGCAUGUCAAUGAACUUCACAUUGAGGAUUGCCCUUCAGCUGAUGGUGGAGUGCAGAAGCAGCAUGUAUGCCAGGAAAUUGGUUGUGGAAAGGAGUUUAGAUAUGCUUCAAGGCUGCGGAAGCAUGAGGAAUCCCAUGUUAAGCUAGACACAGUGGAGGCAUUCUGCUUUGAACCAGGCUGUAUGAAACACUUUACCAAUGAUCAAUGCCUUAAGGUCCAUAUCCAGUCCUGCCACCAACAUACUACCUGCGAGAUAUGUGGGGCCAAGCAGCUGAGACAAAAUAUGAAAAGGCAUCUUCUCACACAUGAAGAGAGAAGUUCAAUAGAAAGAAUUAAAUGUGAUUAUAAGGGUUGUCUUCGCACAUUUACAACUAAAUCGAAUCUCUAUAAACAUGUGAAAGCGGUACACCUUGAGCAUAAACCUUUUGUCUGUAGCUUCUCGGGUUGUGGCAUGAGAUUUGCAUACAAGCAUGUGAGAGAUAACCAUGAGAAGACUGGAUGUCAUGUCUAUACCCAUGGGGAUUUUGAAGAGGCUGAUGAGCAAUUCCGGUCAAGGCCAAGGGGUGGGCGUAAGAGACAGUGCCCCGACAUACCAAUGUUGGUUCGGAAAAGGGUAACUCCACCAAAUCGGUCAGCCCAGGAGUCUGAGUACCUCUCCUGGUUGCGAUCACAAGAGGACGGUGACGAGCAUUGAGUCAUCCCUAUGUAUUGGAUGUGGUUUAAACAUUAUUCCACUACGAAAAUGGAAGUUCAUUGUGGAUACGAAUCUGAAUACUCUGAUGUAUAGUAGGAAAUUUUGAUGGUCUCUGGAUCCGUUCAUCGUCAAAGAGCUCGAGUGUUUAGGUUCUGUUGUUUUGGAAAGGUAGUCCGGAUUACACUGUUUGAGUUGGCAUGUCGUACGACCUCUGAAUACUAUUUAGGAGAAAGAAGAACAAAUUUGUGAUACUAUAUCAGCAUUAUUCUAUACAAUCUUGUACGAACAUUAAUUAAUUAUUAAAUUUAUACGGUGAAGAUACAUUACGCUCAA